CUCUAUGAAAAUCUAUGUAUACAUAUAUCUACAUAUAUGUAUACGUGUAAAUACGUUUACAUGUACGUCGCUGACGAGAGUCAUAUGAAAAACGUACGGAUGUACGAGCCGGCGGAAGGAGAGAGGAAAGGUGACGCUUAACGACCAAACGAAUGUUGUCAAUUACUACUUAAUCGUCGUGUUGAAGUUUCGGCGUUCAAUUAUUAUCGAUGUUAAAGUUGGUUCAUCCGUAGCGGCCCUGUUAAAUCUACCUCUCUCUUUAAGUACCAACAACGAAAACUCGGAGAACGGCCUAUAUAAAAAAGAAAAAGAAAUAAAAGAGAGAAAGGAGGGAAAGAGGAGGGAAGAGCCGUGAUCUGUGUGCUAAGAGUGUGCUGUGCUCGGUCUCGACACGAGACCUCGACAAUGAUCGUACCUGGUUUGAUAAGGUAUUAAGUCUCCUCGCGUCGGGGAGCGCCGUUCUUCUCAUCUCACGAAAGGAGGAUAACAGCGACGGCGGCAUGAACGUGCGAGACUGCUUAUCGAGUGCCAUUCGCGAGGUGUCGCGCGAUCUCGAACGUUCCGUCAGGCUCGCGCACGCGGCCUGAUGCGCGCAGUGUAGUCCGUGUAGAGAUACGGCUGAGGGACGAAGAAGGGCCCGCGGCGGAGGUGGGCGGCGGCGAGCCUGUCUCCCGACUCGAUACAUGUAGAUUACGCGGGAGUGUGAUCGCUGAUCGGAGAGUCACCCGGGGUGGGACUCGCUCAGAGUUGCACACGAGUGUGCGACAUGUGAGGGGAGAAGCUAACCACGCGCCGGGAGACGACGCGACGGGAGCCGAGUCGGCAUGGAGGAGAUCGUCGCGAGAGAAGACGCUAAGACGGCCACCGCGAGGUUCGCCGCGCCGCAAUCCAUGUUCCUCCUUGGCCCACGCGGCCGGGUGUGACUCGAUUCGGACGCGAGCCUCGAGACGUCGAGGAUGAUGCGAAACCGCGUCAGGGAUCGCGCCUCAGGUAGAAACUUAGGUGUGUAACAACCGCAACAAGCGCGCAACGAGCUCCGACGCGGCGAGCACGAGGACAAAGAGGACAAACGACAAACGACAAAGAGACGAGCGAGCGACUGCACGCGGAGAGGAGGAGAGGAUAAACGGGAAAGCCGAAACGAGGAAGCGGGUCGCGCGCGCGCGACAGCGAACAAGAUCACCGCCGAGCAAAAUGGACUCGACGAAACUGGGCGGUCCAGCGCCGAGCAGUCCGCGGGCUCACUCGCCGGUGUUGCCGAGCUACGCCGCGGCCGGUGACGGGAACAUCGACUACAUCAUCGGCGAUUACAUGGAGAGACUCGGCACGAGGCUCAACAUCCUCGAGACCGAGCUGAAGUACGCGUGGCGGGCGUUGGAUCUGCUGAGUCAGGAGUACAUCAAGAUGUGGGAGCGGCUGGAGAAGCUGGAGGGCCUGCUGUACGAGCAGCAGACGGUGAUCAGCCAGCUGAUCGAGUUCUACACCAGCGGCGGCACGCACGAUAACGUGAACAUCGUCGAGGAGACGUUGGCGAACCAGCAGGGCUCGGUCGGCGAGUUGGACGCGAUCGCCAAGAGCCUGGGCGCGGCGAUCGGCAUCGAGGAGACCACCGUGCUGCGAGAGAAGCUCGCGCAGCAGGAGCUCGCGAGGAUGCACGGCCUCACGCAGGACAGCACGACCGCCGCGGCGGUGGUCACCGACAUGCACAGGAACGUGAGGAAUCUCGAUACCCUGGAGACCCUCGAGGAGGAGGAGGGCAACAUACCGGACGAGGCCUUCUACAGGAGCCUGAACAACGCCUACAGAGAGGACCUGAUCUGCGGCGACACGUCGAGACCGACGUCGCAGUUGGGUAUGAUCUGGGAGGAGGCCGAGGACGAGGACGCGAACGGCAAGAAGGAGGUGGUCGAAGCCGGCGGCAUCUUCGACAAGACCGUGCCGAAGGAGAAGGAGCUCGUCGAGGAGCUGUCGAGCGGCCCAGCGCCGCCGCCGAGCAAGGAGGAUGCGCAGGCGUCCGCGAUGAAGAAGGAAGACGAGGCGGACGAGGACGAGGACGAGGGCGAGGUGUUCAGCGCGGCCGACUAUAAGAGCUACCGAGGCAACACGCCGUGCGUCAGCGAGCAGGACCUCGCCCAACUGUCCAGACUGAGCUCGCUCGAUCAGGUGGCGUUGGAGAAGCUGCACGAGAUCGACCGGCUGACCAGCAAGCUGCAGAAGGACUCGCAGAAUCUCAUCGAGCUGCAGUCGCGGCUGAUCGACUCGCCGAAGCGGCAGUACUCGUCCGAUGCGGAGGCCAAGCUGGCGGAGGAGGCGAGCAGCAUAGACGAGCAAUUGAGGAAGAUCUACGCGGAGACCGACGUCGACAGCUGGACCUUCUCCAAGAGUCCCGGCGGCUCCACCGGCAGGUCAGUCUCCAGAGUGAGCACCGACAGCGGACUGGCCACCGACGGCGACUUCACAACGAGAUCCAUAUCACCAAGACUGACCUCUACGUCCAGGAGCAACUUAGACUCCAUCUCGACUACCUAUACGCCGCCUAGAUUAGGUUACACGUCGGCCAUACUGGAGAAAAGCCCCGAGCCGGUGAUCCAGCUGCCGAUCGACGUCGGCAGCUUCGCCAAGGGCUACGCGGAGAACAAGGAGCUGACGGACCUGAUGGCCGAGAGCUUCGCCGCAGCCGUCACCUGCGCCUCGCCCACCAUCUACAGCACCACCGCCGACAAGGUGCCGUCGCCGACGCUGUCGGCGGACAGCGUGCAGAGCGUGCACAGCGUCCAGGGUCUGCGCACCAGGCAGGACGGCUACUUCGGUAGCGCGGCGCGGCUGAACCUCGAGUUCCAGGAGAGCAGAACACCCCCGAGCCCGUCGCCCAGCUCGCCCCCGCCGCCGGCGCCGCGCGACACCACCGAGUCCUUCCUCAUGCCCGGUGCGGAGCAGCGAGAGCCCGCGGACACCAAGCCCGCUCGGUCGCAGAGCCCGAGUUUCCUGCCGAGAAACGCCGAGAAACUCGUCUCCAUGGAGCAGGGCCGGUUAAGCCCGCGCACUCCCCACUCGCCCAAGUCGCCGAGGGUCUCGCCGAAGCACACGGUCAAGUCCGUUGGCAGCGCCGCCAACAUAGUCGCCGCCAAGUCCGACUCCGGCCUGUCCUCCAUGAGCGGCUGGAGCAGCCUGGACAAGUCACCGAGCUCGCCCAAGAGCUCCAUCGCGAAGAUGCUGACCUCCUACUCGUCCUCGGGGAUGGAUCACACCCGCGCGAGUCUCAUACCCAGCACGCAAGCCGCCGCGGCCGCCGCCGCCGCCGCCGCCGCCGCCGCCGCCGCGAGAACGUCGAGCCCGAUCCCGCCGUUGCCGGAGACCACCAGCACCGCGACCUGCAUCACGCAGGAGCCGCUCUACGACACCCCUGAAGGUAGAGACGCGUUCGCGAGCACCAUGACGACCACGACCAGCCAUCCUUACACCACGGCGAUGAACCAUCUGUCGGGGUACACGAGCGCCGGCAAGUCACCGGCAGGCAAGGAGGAGUACAAUUUCGUGCCGCCGCCCGCGCCGGCUCCGCCGGGCGUCACCGGCACCACCGCCACCACUUGCCAGAGUCCCAAGAAGCGCGGCCGUCAGCAGAGCCUCCAGCACACGUACGACUCGGUGCCGUCGGCGGUCACGGCUACGGACUACGUGUACAGGUCGGAGCAGCCGGCCAUCUACUCCGUGGCCGGUAGUAACCGGCAGCAGGCCAUCACGAGUGUCUACACCAGCGGCUCCGGCUCCUACGGCCCCAAGACCACCACCUCGGCUUACUACUCCGAGUCGAUGGAGCAGUACAGCAAUUACCCGGACGGCUACAACGUGCUGCAGUACGCGGAGGCCACGAGCGCGAUGGGCCACGGCGCGAAGAAGCCGUUGCGCGGCAGCUCGUUCACGGACGGCAUGCCGAACCACGAGGGCUACAAGGCCGCGAUGUACCGGCAGAUGUUCCCCACCGGCAACAUCACCGACGCGCUCUCUUACUACCCGACCAGCGCGAACCUGCCGCGGACGGAGACGAACGACAGCUCGUGGCUGAACUCGAUGGAGGAGCAGAUACCGCACGACUCCACGUCCUCCAGCAUCCGGUCGCUCACCUCGGACGGCAGCUACGCUCAGAGCCCGUACACGGACCGCAGGUACCCCCAGCCACCGGCCUAUCAAGCGCACCCCUAUCAGCCGCCGCACCACACCUACGCGAAUCAGAAUUAUCCGCAAGCCUACCAGCAGCAGUACCAGCCGUACAGCCAGCGACUCAGCAGCACCGAGAGCGCGCAGCUCGCGGACGGUUACCAGCGGCAGUGGCAACGGGAGCAUCAGUACAUCCAGGACCACGAGAGCGGCCGGAUACCCAUGGAGCAGCAACAGACGCAGCAGGCCGAGUACUACGACGCGUCGAGCGUCAUAGUCUCUCAGUCUGGGUACAUCAGCAUCGCCACGAACCUGAAGGAUCACGAGGCUGAGAACAUCAAGCUGUCGAAGAAGGUCAGAAGAGGCUCCUCGCUGAAGAACGCGAUGAGCUCCAUGAGCAACUGGCUGCCCGACCUGCAUCUCAGCAAACGGCACAGGAGCCAAUCGCUGCCGGGCGGCGUGAGGAGGGAGGACCUGGACGUGCCUCAGGACGGCCAGCAGAGGCUACCGGCCGACGUGGCCACCGGCCGAGGCCGCGGCAGGGGCCAGACGGCGAGAAAGAAGAAGAAGCACACCUUGGUGUCGACGGUGUCGGGCAUACUGCAGAAGGCGAAACGUCGCAGCCAUCAGUCGCAAUCGCUGUCCGACCCGGAACAGUCCGAGACCGAGUGGAGCAGCGGCAGACAGAGCGGCCUGUCUGAGGACGAGGACAGCGUGAUCUCCGACAUCGCGCAGGAGCCUCCCUUCUUCGCCAAAGUGAAGACCGCGAGCACCAAGAGGAAGCAGCCGCCGCAGCAAAUGAUGGCGCAGCAACAGCAACAGCAGCAGCAGCAGCAUCAGCAGCAGCCGCAUCCUCAGCAGAUGCAGGCGCAGGCGCAACAACAAAAGGAAUAUCUCCAGCAGCAGCAGCAGCAGCAGCAGCAGCAGCAGCAACAACAUCAGGCAGCUCUUCAGCAGGCUCAUCAGGCGAUGCAGCAGCAGCAGCAGCAGCAGCAGCAGCACCAGGCGCUUCAGCAGCAUCAGGCGCUGCAGCAACAUCAGGCGCUGCAGCAGCAGCAGCAGCAGGCGCUGCAGCAACAGCAGCAGCAGCAGGCGCUGCAGCAACAGCAACAGGCACUUCAGCAACAGCAGGCGCUUCAGCAGCAGCAGCAGCAGCAGAUGCUUCAGCAACAGCAGGCGCUUCAGCAGCAAAUCCAGCAGCAUCAGGAGCAAUUGCAUCAGCAAGCUCUUCAGGACACGUGGAGCACGGAGAUGAUGGAGCAGAGGAAGGUCGAAGCGAACGAGUACGACGCGAACGAGCAGAUGGGCAUCGUCGAGGAGGAGACCUCCGGCAAGAGCACCGGCUCAGGCUCCGGCGGCUCGUCCAUCUUCCAGACGGUCGGCGACAUCAAGAGGUCGACGGGCAGCUCGGACGAGGCGCCGAACGAGAAGGCGCCGAAACUGCCGCCCGUCACACUGAUCGGCGGCUCGAGCAUGGAGUUCGCGGUCUCCCGAGCCCUCGGCAAGUACCGUCAACGUCAGUCGUCGACGGUGUCCGACGAGCAGCCGCCGAGCGAAGAGUCCAACAACGAGAAGAAGAUCGACGAGGGCCUGGCGCAACCGCUGGAGGCGAGCUUCGAGUAUCCGGAGGACAUGUCGGAGCAGAGCGAGAAGAGCGAGAAGUCCGGCAGCGCGAAACUGCCGGAGCUGGUCACCAGCCUGUCGGAGGAGGCUCCGCCGUCGGAGGGUAGCCCCUCGGCGUCCAGCAUGAGGGGCUACGGGCCGAGCGGCGGCGGCGGCCGCUUUUUACCGCGUCAUCAGCAGUCCCUGGAGAUCCCCUGGACCGGCUCGCGGCCGGGGGAGCCCGACGAGGACAAUCGCAGCACCCACUCGUACAGAAGCACCUCGAGAGUGUCGUCGCGACGGCAGAGCACCGAGGACUCGAUCGACUCCGAGGACGAGUGGUACUGCUACGAACUGAGGAAACUCGAGGAGCUGGAGAGACAGUCCGAGAUGGAGAUGACCGAGGUGCUGAUCGAGGAGCCGGAAGAGCACGAGGCUUACCAGCCGGACGAAGAGGUGAAGGAGAGAAUGUCGUUUGUGCUGAAGGAGCUCAAGCUCAAGGCCAUAAGCACGAAGGCCAAGGAUCAGACGACGAGGGAGGAGCCGCGGGAGGAGUCACGGGCCAGAAUGAACGGUACGGUCGCGAGGGAGCACCGGGUCGACGAGAACGACAGGUACCGCGACGAGAAGCCGAUCCCGAAGCGAAAGUCCGCGGAGAGCGUGGAGGCCGUGUUCGCCCGGGUGACCGACUACCACACCUGGGCGCACGAGAUCGAAGCCAAGAAGGAGAAGGAACGGCCUCCACCGCCGUCCGCGGAGGAGGGCUCCUCCGGCGAGACCUCCGGCCCGGACAGCCCCGGCCAGUCGAUGGACGAAGAGGAGGAGGAGGAGGAAGAGCUGCCGAGGGAUCUCGAAGAACAACAAUCAAGACGCAGCUCCAACGGCUCGACGUUGCGCCGCGACGGCGAGAAGGUGUUGCAGGGCUCGGAUUCCCUGUCUCGCGAAGGUAGCGUAAGUGUACCACCUAGCGAAGUGUCGGUCAGCAUCCCUGGAGCUUGGGAUUCUGAAAGCACUGUCCUUGAAGGCCUCGAGCGCGAUGGAGCCGGUAGCGCCGAGACUGCUACGACGGCGACCUUGAGUCUACCGAAGAUCAAGAUCGACUCCUCGUCCUGCGGAAGCUCGGACACGACAUUGAAGGAGGGCCAGGUGAGUCCUGGCCCGCCCGGGUCCAAGUGGAAGCUGCUCAAGGCCUUGAAGGAACGUAAGGCCGAGGAGAAGCUCAAGGAGGUCGAAGAGGCCUCCAAGGAGAACGCUAUCUCUCAGGGACCCACGGCAAACGGCAACGUACCGGGCGGCGAUUCUGGUGGACGGGCGAACGGACACCCGGGCGACAAUCCUUUCUACAGCACCAUCGACAGCAUGCCGGACAUUCGACCGCGACGGAAGUCGAUACCGUUGGUUUCCGAGCUGGUCUUGAAGACCAUGGCGGCGACGAAGAGGAACGCUGGCCUCACAUCCGCUGUGCCUCGGGCGACGCUGAACGACGAGGAGCUGAAGAUGCACGUGUACAAGAAAACCCUGCAGGCGAUGAUCUACCCGAUAUCCUCGACCACACCUCACAAUUUCGUCACCUGGACGGCCACGUCGCCUACCUACUGCUACGAGUGCGAGGGUCUGCUGUGGGGCAUCGCUCGGCAGGGGGUGCGAUGUAUGGAGUGCGGCGUCAAGUGUCACGAGAAGUGCAAGGAUCUCUUGAACGCCGACUGCUUGCAGAGGGCGGCUGAGAAGAGCUCGAAGCACGGCGCCGAGGACAAGGCGAUCAGCAUAAUCACGGCGAUGAAGGAGCGGAUGAAGCAGCGGGAGCGCGAGAAGCCGGAGAUCUUCGAACUGAUCCGGUCAGUCUUCGGGGUCGACGAGAAGGCGCACUCGGGUCACAUGAUGUCGGUGGAGCAGUCGGUUUUGGACGGUACCAGCAAGUGGUCGGCGAAGAUCGCCAUUACAGUGAUCAGCGCCCAAGGAUUGAUCGCCAAAGAUAAGAGCGGCACGUCCGAUCCCUACGUGACGGUUCAAGUCGGUAAAGUAAAGAAGCGCACGAGGACCAUGCCGCGGGAGCUGAAUCCGGUGUGGCACGAGAAGUUCUACUUCGAAUGUCACAACUCAUCCGACCGGAUCAAGGUGCGGGUGUGGGACGAGGACAACGACCUGAAGUCGAAGCUGCGGCAGAAGCUGACGAGGGAGAGCGACGACUUCCUCGGGCAGACCAUCAUCGAGGUGCGGACUCUGAGCGGCGAGAUGGAUGUCUGGUACAACCUGGAGAAGCGGACGGACAAGAGCGCGGUGUCGGGCGCCAUUCGGCUGCACAUCAGCGUCGAGAUCAAGGGCGAGGAGAAGGUGGCGCCUUACCACGUGCAAUACACCUGCCUGCACGAGAACCUCUUCCACAGCCUGUGCGAGGAAAACGGCGGCAUGGUGACCUUGCCGCAGGCGAAGGGCGACGACGCCUGGAAGGUCUACUUUGAUCCACCCGGCGAGGAGCUCGUCGACGAGUUCGCGAUGCGCUACGGCAUCGAGAGCAUCUACCAGGCGAUGACGCACUUCCACUGCCUCUCAACCAAGUACCUGUGCCCAGGCGUUCCGGCCGUGAUGUCGACCCUCCUGGCAAACAUAAACGCGUACUACGCCCACACGACCGCGAGUCCGGCCGUGUCGGCCAGUGAUAGAUUCGCCGCCAGUAACUUCGGGAAAGAAAAGUUCGUGAAACUGCUGGAUCAGCUGCACAACUCCCUGAGGAUCGACCUGUCGAUGUACAGAAACAACUUCCCGGCCUCGAGCCAAGAGAAGCUGAUGGACCUGAAGAGCACGGUGGACCUGCUGACGAGCAUCACGUUCUUCCGCAUGAAGGUGCAGGAGCUGUCGAGCCCGCCGCGCGCCAGCACCGUCGUGAAGGACUGCGUGAAAGCGUGCCUACGCUCGACGUAUCAGUUCCUCUUCGAGAACUGCUACGACCUGUACAAUCGGGAGUUCCAGGCCGACCCGAACGAGGUGAAGCGCGACUCGGACGAUCACGGGCCGCGAUUGGACUCGCUCGAUUUCUGGCACAAGCUGAUCGCCCUGAUCGUCUCGGUGAUCGAGGAGGACAAGAACAGCUAUGCGCCCGUGUUGAAUCAAUUCCCUCAGGAGCUGAACAUCGGUCAACUGUCGGCGGCCACGAUGUGGUCCUUGUUCGCGGUGGACAUGAAGUAUGCCCUGGAGGAGCACGAGCAGCAUAGACUGUGCAAGUCCUCGGCCUAUAUGAACCUGCACUUCAAGGUCAAGUGGCUGCACGCCAACUACGUGAAGGACGUGCCGCCUUACAAGGGCGCCGUGCCGGAAUACCCAGCCUGGUUCGAGCCCUUCGUCAUGCAGUGGCUCAACGAGAACGACGACGUGUCGUUAGAAUAUCUCCACGGUGCCUUUAGUAGAGAUAAAAAGGAAGGCUUCCAGAAGAGCAGCGAGCACGCGCUCUUCAGUGUCUCCGUCGUCGACGUCUUCACGCAGCUGACGCAGUGCUUCGACGUGGUGUCGAAGCUCGAGUGUCCAGACCCGGAGAUCUGGAAGAGGUACAUGAAGAGGUUCGCCAAGACCAUCAGCAAGGUGCUGCUGGCAUACGCGGACAUAGUCAAGAAGGAGUUCCCGAGUCACCUGCAGGAGGAACGAAUCGCGUGUAUCCUGAUGAACAACAUCCAGCAACUUCGGGUGCAGCUGGAGAAGAUGUUCGAGUCGAUGGGCGGCGACAAGCUCGAGGCGGACGCGGCGAACAUCCUGAAGGACCUGCAGCAACAGCUGAACGGCGCUCUGGACGACUUGGCGGUGCUGUUCGCGAACAGCCUCGAGCCACGAAUAACCGGCUCCGUCAAGGAGGUGGGAGACGUCCUGUUGACCAUCAAGGGCGGCGGACAGGUCCCGCUGACGCAGUCGGCGCAGAGAAACAACGUGGCUGCCGAAGCGGACGAGGUGCUGCGACCGCUCAUGGUGCUGCUGGACGGCAGCCUGUCCGUGUACGCCGAGUCCUGCGAGAAGACGGUGUUGAAGAGGUUGCUGAAGGAACUGUGGAAGAUAGUGAUGAGGAUCCUGGAGAAGACGGUUGUCUUGCCACCUAUGACGGAUAAGAGUAUGAUGUUCAAGAAUCUGACGGACAACGCCAAGAACCUCGCCGCGAACGCCAAGAUAGAGGACAUGUCGAAGCUGUUCAAGAAUCACAUGGCUGGCAAACCCGACGUGAAAAACGCUCUCAGCGGAGUCAUGGACAUCUCCAAGGAAGUGGAGAAGAAUCUUUCGCCGAAGCAGUGCGCGAUCCUCGACGUCGCCCUCGACACGAUCAAACAGUACUUCCACGCCGGCGGUAGCGGCCUGAAGAAGGCGUUCCUGGAGAAAUCGCCUGAACUGCAGAGCCUCCGUUACGCGCUGAGCCUGUACACGCAGACGACGGACACCCUCAUCAAGACCUUCGUUACCUCGCAAGUCAACCAAGUGCCGCUGAACGACGCGUCAACGCUACGUCAGCGUCAGCGCUCGAUGAGCAGCGAGAGAGGUGACGAAGGGGAAGGAGCCGAGGGUAUGGAAAGCCUCGAGGAACCCCUUCGCCAGAGCAAGCCCUCUCUUCGUCGAGAGAGUCGACAAGUUUCAGAUACCGCCGGUUCGGACGAGGGCUCGGUGGGCGAGGUGAGCAUCCAGGUGGAUCUCUUCACGCAUCCGGGCACCGGAGACCAGAAAGUCACCGUGAAAGUCGUGGCUGCGAACGACCUCAAGUGGCAGUUGGCGACAGGCAUGUUCAGGCCGUACGUCGAGGUGAACCUGAUCGGUCCACACCUCGCUGGCAAGAAGAGGAAGCAGUCGACGAAGUCGAAGAGCAACAACUGGUCGCCGCAGUUCAACGAGAGCUUCGACUUCACGAUCGGUAACGAGCAGCAGCAGCUGGACUUCCACGAGCUGCACAUUUGCGUGAAGGAUUACUGCUUCGCUCGGGAAGACAGGCUCGUCGGGGUCGCGGUGAUGCAGCUCAAGGACAUCGUCGAUGAGGGCUCGUGCGCGUGCUGGCUGUCGCUCGGCAAGCGUAUCCAGAUGGACGAGACCGGCUGGACGAUCCUGCGCAUUCUCUCGCAGCGCAACAACGACGAGAUCGCCAAGGAGUUUGUGAAGCUGAAGAGCGACAUCAGGCAGGAGACGCCGCUGCCGAAUCCCACUUGAGAAGAUGCGACGCCGCGUUAAGCCGACGAGCGAAGCGAUUCGAGUACUUCGAGCUUGGAAAGAG